AUGGCCGUAAGUAUACGCAUUUGGAGCAAGGCUGCGGCGGUAACCCAAUCCGCCACUGGUCCAAGCCACCAAGGUGGCGUGGCGCAAAGAAACCCUUCGCACGGCCCCACGACCGCGACUGCUAUUCCAUCUUACGGCCUCGUGGCCAUGAAUAUGGCUCCAGUACAUGUCGCUGCACCUCCACAUAGCUCCAUGGAUGGGCCACCAUUCCAUCACACAGCCUUGCAGUCGUUUCAUAACAUAGAUAGUUAA